AUGUCGUUCGCAAAGGCCUUUGGUCAGGCCAUCCAGCGCUCCAUCGAGAUGGCCAGAGACGAGACUGCAAAGAUCAUGAGGAUGGAAAUCUCGCCCAACUCGGCCAACCAGGGGGCCCUCCUCAUCUACGCCCUCACCUCGCCCCAGCACCUCGCCAACUUUGCCACGGGCGCGGAUUCGGACAUCGGCGGCCUCUCCCAGUGCCGCCUCGCCCUCGACGACGCAUCAAAGGGUCGCUUCUACGGCACCCUCAGCUCACAGGUGCCCAGGGGCGCUAAAAUCGAGCGCAGCGGUUAUGCCGGCUUCCGCAACCGCAACCGCCCCACCCUCUUCGGCAACCAGUGCUGGGAUACGACCGUCCACCCUUACCUCGCCCUCCGCGUCCGCAAUCGGCUCGCCAAGCGGCCCAUUGUGCCCGGUAGCGCCUCUGCGGCCGCCGAGGCACCAUCCGCCUCGACGCCCGCCUCGUCCUCUGCCUCGGCUCGCGACGACACCGGCGCACCGUCCACCGCGGCCGGCGGUCACUCGCUGCGCGCCGCCAUCCACGCAAACGAUCCCUCGGGUCCCGCCGCAUCUCGCGCCAUCCAUGCCCUCGGCCUCGGCAGAAAGGAGCCGCCGGGACCCAAGUUUUUCGUCAAUAUCCAGACUGACGGUCCCGUCACCAGCGACCUCUUCCAGCACCGCCUCUACCUCGACGAGACAAAGGGUGCCGACUGGCAGACGGUGAUCAUCCCGCUCGACGACUUUGUACUGACCAACACGGGCCAGGUGUCCAACUCGCAGCUGUCGAUGAUGCGCGAAAAGAUCCGGACAGUGGGCAUCUCGGCGGUGCUCGAUGUCCCCACGCCGCCCUCGGCCAACCCGGCGCCCAGGAAGGACUCGCCCCCGUCGGCCCUCUCGCGCGAUGUCAGCCGCCGCUCGGACGAUGCCGAGGAUGACUGGGCCGUCGACGGUGGCCUGCGCAGCGACGGCGGCGUCGACGAGGCGCAGCGUGGCAGCAAGCGCGGGACGACGUUCAACUUUGACCUCGGCAUCGAGUCGGUGCACGCCAUUGGCGAGAUCCACGAGGCAGAGGCGCUCGCCAGCGCCAGCUAA